CCGAUACCUCGCAAGUCUCCAUUCGCUUCCUCAACGAUGUCUGUUCUUCUUCGCCGAGCCAAUGCCACUCGCCUCAAGGUUGCAACCUCGCGGGGCUUUGCUGCCCCCAGCACGCCCAUAAUCAACUCGCACAACGAAUGGGACCCACUGGAGGAAGUGAUUGUGGGCCGCGUUGAAGGCGCCACGAUCCCCGAGUGGCAUGUGUCCGGCAAGGCUGUGUGGCCUGACAAGCACUGGGAUAUGUACAAGACUAAGGCCGGUAAGCCUUUCCCCAAGGACCUCAUGGAGGGCGCCGCCAAGGAACUUGACUAUUUGGCCGAGGUACUCGAAGGUGAGGGCGUAAUAGUCCGUCGUCCCGAAGCCAAUGCGAACUCCUUCAAUCAGCCAAUCGAGACGCCCGACUUUACUAGUCGCUCGCAGCUGUACGCAGCCAUGCCUCGUGACGUGCUCAUUGUCUUUGGCAAUGAGAUCGUCGAGGCCCCUAUGGCUUGGCGCUCACGGUACUUCGAGUUCCGGCCGUACCGGAAACUCAUUAAGGAAUAUUUCCAAAAAGGAGGUAAAUGGACGGCAGCUCCGAAGCCUCAAAUGAGUGACGAGCUGUACAACGAGGACUGGAAAGCCGAGAGCGGCGUCUUCAACUCCGUCGUGACUGAGUUCGAGCCCACCUUCGACGCCGCCGAGUUCACACGUAUGGGGCGCGACAUCUUCACGCAGCAGAGCCAAGUGACGAACCAAUUCGGCAUCGAAUGGGUGCGUCGCCAUCUUGGUGACGAGUACCGUGUCCACGUACUGGACUUUCAGGAUCGUAACGCCAUGCACAUCGACGGUACGUUUGUGCCUCUGAUGCCUGGCAAACUAUUGGCCAAUCCGUUCCGUCCUUGUAUCACUGGUAGACCUGUUAAGGCGUACUCGUAUAAGAAUAAGGAGUACGAGUACUGUCUUCCAGAGAUGUUCAAAGGGUGGGAAGUGUUUGUGGCUCCAGAGCCAGAGCUGUCCAAGGACCACCCGCUCUUUUUCACGAGUCCGUGGACGGCAACGUGCAAUGUGCUGGUGGUACGUCCCGGUACUGUCAUUGUGGAAGCGCAUGAGAAGAAAGCCCAACAGUGCUUCAAAGACUGGGGCUUCGAGGUCAUCCCCGUACCGUUCCGCAACUUCAUGCCCUUCGGAGGCUCCUUCCACUGUGCCACAUGUGACGUGCGUCGCACCGGCACCUUGCAGUCGUACUUUGACUAG